CCUUUGGCUGACCUCUGGCCAACAUGGUCCAACCCCAGACAUCAAAAGCUGAAACCGCGGCCUCCGCAGCGUCUACCAACGGGCAAAUGGAGGAUGUCAUCGACACCCUGACCUCCCUGCGCCUUACCAACUCCGCGCUGCGGCGGGAGGCCUCCACCCUGCGGGCCGAGAAGGCCAACCUCACCAACAUGCUGGAGAGCGUCAUGGCAGAGCUGACGCUGCUGCGCACCAGGGCGCGGAUUCCGGGCGCUCUGCAGAUCACCCCACCCAUCUCCGCAAUCACCUCAAAUGGGACUCGGCCGAUGACCACUCCUCCCACCUCUCUACCCGAGCCCUUCUCUGGAGACCCCGGCCAGUUGGCGGGCUUCUUGAUGCAGAUGGACAGGUUUAUGAUCUUCCAGGCCUCCCGCUUCCCCGGUGAGGCAGAGCGAGUGGCCUUCCUGGUGUCCCGUCUGACUGGGGACGCCGAGAAGUGGGCCAUUCCCCACAUGCAGCCGGACAGCCCUUUGCGAAACAACUACCAGGGCUUCCUGGCGGAGUUGCGGAGAACCUACAAGUCUCCCCUGCGGCACGCGCGGCGCGCCCAAAGCCGGAAGACUUCUGCCUCUAAUAGGGCUGUGAGGGAGCGGCAGAUGCUGUGCCGCCAGCUGGCCGCAGCGGGCACAGGGCCCUGCCCGGUGCAUCCCGCCUCCAGCGGGACUAGUCCAGCUCCAGCCCUGCCCACACAAGCACGGAACGUUUAAGAAUCCGCCACCAACCUGGUAGCAUACGACCUUUGCUGCGUAGAUGAAAUAUCUGCACAACAGCAUAGCCCUUGUUUGAAGAACAGCACUUC